AUGGGUAGGAGGGACAUCGAGGAGAAGCAUCUGGAAGGGCAGGGCAGCUGUCUGCUGGGAGACAGCAGGAAGUGCCAGAACGUUCCGCAGCGGAUGGCGGCGGCCGAGGGCGUCCCCGAGGACGGCGGCGGCGGGGCCCCGGGCGUGUGGGGCGCCUGGGGCCCCUGGUCCGCCUGCUCGCGCAGCUGCAGCGGCGGCGUGAUGGAGCAGACCCGGCCCUGCCUGCCUGGCUCGUACCGCGCGCGCGGCGGCCCGCGGCCCGGGGCCCCCGCGCGCGCCUUCUCGGGCCACGUGGUGUCCGCCGUGCGCACGUCCGUGCCGCUGCACCGGAGCCGCGACGAGCCGCGCGCCCUGGCCGGCCCCGACGCCGGCCGCCAGGGCCCCGCUGUGCUGCGGGGCGGCCGGCACCCGCAGGCCCGGGGCCACGAGCCCACCGCGGAGAGAAGGAGCAAGACCCGAGGUCCCAUCGGCCCUGGCAAGUACGGCUAUGGUAAGGCCCCGUACAUCUUACCGCUGCAGACGGACACAACACACAUGCCACAGAGGCUUCGCAGACAGAGGCCCCCAGCCCAGCAUCCCAAGUCCCAGGGGGCAUCUGCUCCUGGCCGUGGCUACAGCCCCCCGGCCCACCAGCUCCCCCAACAUGGGCCUCUGUACCAAAGUGACAGUGGCUCUCGUUCUGGACUGCAGGCCUCGGAGGCCUCCGUCUACCAGCUGCCUUUGACCCAUGACCACGGCUUUCCUGCAGCUUCAAGUCUCUUCCACAGCCUGGAAACCAGCAACACCCAUGGCCUGGGGGCCCACGGGGCAGCUCAGAGCUUCUCCCAGCCUGCCCGAUCUACGGCAAUCUCGUGCAUUGGGGCCUAUCGGCAGUACAAGCUUUGCAACACCAACGUAUGUCCAGAAAGCAGUAGAAGUAUCCGGGAGGUACAGUGUGCAUCUUACAACAACAAACCAUUCAUGGGCCGGUUUUAUGAGUGGGAACCAUUUGCAGAAGGACCCACCUCCACCACUGUCUUUGAUUCUUGACCUAUAACUACAC